UUGACACUGGUCCUUUUUCAGCACAGCAUGCAGUUUCAAUCCGCGGACAGCCUCUCCAUCACAGCAGCGCAGCUGUGACAGGAGUCCGAAAACAAGAGGGCAUCGUCGGACAAUGGGGACGGUGCAGCCCGCUGUCCCUCACGGAGCUCUGCAGCAUGGACCCGUGCACAUCAUCACCCACACAAUAACUGUUAUUUCAGCAGUAUUUACCUGUGCGCGUGCAUGUGAGCGUUUGGUUUUUUAUUAUUAAUUUGAUGGAUAAUCUGAUGCGUUAAAGUUGGUCUCUGAUUUUGGAUCCGGAUCCAGAUGAUGCUUCAGUUUAUGUUUCCUUGUGCUGGCUCUCGGAUCAGAGACAUGCUGUGCUGCACCGACUUCAUCAGAUGAUCCUCCGCUGUGUUCCCAACAACUCAGGGUGCCGAGCUUUUCCCGAGGUAGGACCUCCUCUGUAGGCCUGUCCCCGUCCACCCAGCAGCCAUGGACCUGCCUGAGUACUCUCUGUUCCUGGUGCGCAUCCUGGACGAGCUGGACACCAAGCACAACACCAUGUCCUACCAGGACCUGUGUAAGUCCCUGUGCGCUCGCUUUGAGCUGGUGCAGCUGGCCAAGCUCCGCAGCCUGCUCUUCUACACAGCCUGCAUGGACCCCUCCUUCCCAGCCACCCUGUUCAAGGACAAGAUGCGCUGCUCCAUGGAGGACCCGCAGUCCAAGAAGCUCAUGGUGGCUGCAGACAUCGUCACCAUGUUCAACUUGAUCCAGAUGAACGGAGGCCUUGCCAAAGACAAGCUCCCCCUCGGGCACAGACCCAAGUUCCACAAGAACCACUCGGUGGAGCUGUGCAGGUCUGAUAACGACGCCUACAAGUUUCGGGACUGUGACAGGGGGCUGGGUUACGAGCACAUGGAUCACCCCAGGGAUGGACACCAUCACCACCACCAUCAUCACCGCCCCCAGCAGCAUCCUGCAGCUCAGAGCGCCCCUCCCUGCCCUAAAUCAUCUGACUGCAACAACUGCCUGCAGUUCAUCCCCACCUCGGACCCUAACUUCCUCCUGGGCGUCAGCAAGGACCUGAAGUGUAAAGCAGCGUCUCUGGACAAGCUGCACCAUCUGCCCCAGUACUCCAGCAGCAGCUCACACUCUCCACCCUGCGAGAUGCAGAGCACCUACUUCCCCAUGGACAUCGACAGCGAGUCCACCACCGACCAGGAGUCCCUGCAGCACAUCGGCCACUCAGAGCCCUUCUCGGUUCACUCCUGCAUCCAGAAGAGGAACGUCUUCAAGGAGGACUUCCACAACUUCGUGGCCUUUUCACCACAGGUGGUCACCACUGAGAAAAAACAGGGCAGUAAGGCUGCUGACGGCUACCACAGGAGGGAGCUGCACAAGCCUGCUACCUUCUUCAACCACAGCUUUGAACUGCCCUACAGUAACCCUUACUUCGAGCCGCCACUCAACUCCCCUCUACAGGACAGACGCAGGGUGAAGCACGAGAGCCUGGACGACCUCCAGGCGUCCACAUACUUCGGUCCAACCACAGUCUCCGAGUGCGUCAGCAGCAGGAAGCACACUAACAAAACAGGGAAGCAGCCGUCGUGGCCGGUGAAAAGCCUCAGCCUCAACACAGAGGAGGGACCUCCGGACUUUGAGAGGUCGUUUCUGAACACGAAACCUCUCAAAGAAAACCACCAUCGCAACGUCACCAUCAUCAGCACCGACAACGAGCCGCAUUUCCAGAGCCCAAAGGAAAAGGUCGUAGCUUCUCCAUCAGGCUUUGCAAAGAAAACUAAUGGGAUAAAAAUGAAGGAUGUAGCACUGACGGCGAGCGGGCCUGCAGGUUUGGAGAAAAGAGAAGCAGCCAAAAGGUUCAGGGAGAAAAACAGUCCGUCCUUUCAGGGCGGGGACAGCUCCUCUAGUGUCGGGACUCAGACCGAGCAAGCGGAGCAGAAGAAGGUGAAGGAUUACCCAGCGAAGUACACUGACAGAGAAAGACACACCUUCAAACACUGUGAAGAGGACUCUGAGAUCGUCAGUGAUGACAUCAGUGACAUUUUUCGUUUUCUGGAUGAUAUGAGUGUUUGUGACUCUCUGGGCAUUGUCCAAUCGUCAUGCUACAACAGCAAUGGGUCUCUUUCUCAGGUAACGCUGAAGUCUGAGGGCGACAGCUCCCCUGAACGCAACACAGUCAAACUAGCCAAGUCCAAGCUGGACCGCCUCUUCCACUCACUGGAAAACACAGACGAUGAGUUAAAAUCGAGUGUGUGCAAGCUGGUCCUGAGGAUCGGCGAGAUCGAGAAGAAGCUGGAGUCUCUGUCGGGGGUUCGCAGCGAGAUCUCACAGGUGCUCUCCAAACUCAACAAGCUGGACGAGAAAAUCCAGGAGCCCGAGGCCAACGGGAGACACGGGGAGACAGUGUCUGCGUCAGGGUCCAAUGCAACCCCUGACAAACCGCACCCCCACCCACACACCGACACCUCCCUGUCGCCUCGUGUUUUCCAGUGCCAUACCACUGGACACAAUGCCAAAAUGGACAACGGCGCCUCAGAAUGGUGCUGCUCGGAUGGGAGUAACAGCGACAGCCUCAGGGUUAAAGCUCUGAGGAAGAGCAUGUUCACCCGGAGGUCGUCACGCUCGCUCAACGAGGAGAUCAGCGUCACUGAGCCAAAGGUCGCCAGCAUCAGCAACUCUAUGCGGGACUGGAGGACGGUCUCCUACUCCUGCCACCCCGGAGACGAAGGCAAGGACAAGGACAGGGACAGCAAGGACAGACACCGGAAAGCCAAAGAGGCAGAGCGAGAGCGUCAAUACGAGCUCCCCCAAGCCCACCACCCCCCGAAACCACCGAAGGAGUCCUACCUGAGCGAACAGGUCUUCUCCCCGCACCCCUUCACCCCUUCCAUUAAGGCCCACGUGAAAGGCAGCCCCCUGUACACCGACCUGAGGCUCACCAGCCUGUCAGAUGGAAAGCGCGGCCAGCCGUCCUGGACCAUCGAGGAGUAUAAACGCAACUCAGGAGAGAAGGGAAAGCAGCUCACCGCUCUGGACCUGCAGACGCAGGAGUCCCUGAACCCCAACAACCUGGAGUACUGGAUGGAGGACGUCUACACGCCCGGCUACGGCUCACUGCUCAAGAGGAAAGAGGCGGAGUUCAGGAGGGCGAAGGUGUGUAAGAUCGGAGCGCUGAUUGCAGCAGCUACCUGCACUGUGAUCCUGGUCAUCGUUGUUCCAAUUUGCACCAUGAAAACAUGAGAGCACCAGGACGGAGCGGCCCGGCCUAACAGAUGAUAGACUCUUGCUGCUGUUCCUUUUCUGUUGGUGGACUGGGUAAGUGUGCAGCAGACUUACCGACCAAAUGAACAUUGUCGGGACUCGAGGAUGUGAGCGGGAAGUUUUUUGUUUGUAAUGCAGUAUUUACUUCUGGUAGUCCUUUUUGCCAGUAUAAAAUGAUUAGGACAACUAUUGUACAAUAGAAAUGAAUUCAGCAAGUGCAUAAUAUCUCCUGUAUAUCUAUUGGUUUAACAGUUGUAGUUUACUCUCUUGUUAUAAACUGAGCGCGACAGUUUGAAGGUCUUUGAUUUUAAUUGUCUGUCUUAAACAACUGCAGCAGAUGAUCUCAAUUGGAUUUGUUAUCGUAGCCAGCGUAUGAUAUUUUUAUUUUUGUAUAAUUACUGUACAGUGUAUUUUGAUCAAAAUUAUUUUUGAUGAAUUAUCUGGUUGAAUGUGAGAAUUUAUCUUUUUUUUAAUUCUUUUUCUUCAUUAACAGCAAGCAUUUUAAGUAAUGACA